AUGGUUGAUUCUAGCAAAAGAGCUCUCCCAGCAGAAGAUUACUCCUCCGAAGAUGAGGAUGCUUUCGACAUUGCUGGUGAUAUUGCUUUAAAUGCUGAUAGUGAAGAUAGUGACAUUUCUGAUGAUGAUAAUGACAAUAUUGGUUUCCAAGCUGAAGUUCAAGAUGUUAUCGAGUUUUCUAGUGAUGAGGAAGAGAAAGAGAAGAAACCAAAGAAACAAAACAAGAAAGCCAAAGUCAAGGCAGGUCCCAUUGUGGACAGUAAGUUCCCAAGUCUUGAGCUUUCGGACGACGAAAAGAAGGCUACGAAUGAAUCGGAUGAUGACUUAAACGAUUAUUUCAACACUACCGCUGAUGCUGCGGCUAAACAUAAGAAAGGUUCGUUUGCAAGUUUCGGUCUCUCAAAACUAGUAUUGAUUAAUAUCUCGAAGAAAGGUUUCAGGCAACCUACACCAAUUCAAAGGAAAACCAUUCCCCUUAUUUUACAAAAGCGUGAUAUUGUCGGUAUGGCACGUACCGGUUCAGGUAAGACUGCUGCUUUUGUGCUUCCUAUGAUAGAAAAAUUAAAGACCCAUUCGGCCAAGAUUGGUGUUAGAGCCGUUAUUUUAUCACCAUCAAGAGAAUUGGCCAUUCAAACUCAUAGAGUUUUCAAAGAGUUUUCGAAAGGCUCGGAUUUACGUUCUAUUUUGUUAACAGGUGGUGACUCUUUAGAAGACCAAUUCGGUAUGAUGAUGGGGAAUCCUGACGUCGUCAUUGCUACGCCAGGUAGAUUCUUGCAUUUAAAAGUUGAAAUGAACUUGGAUUUGAAAUCAGUCGAAUAUGUUGUAUUUGAUGAAGCUGAUAGAUUAUUCGAAAUGGGUUUCCAGGAACAACUGAAUGAACUGCUUGUGGCAUUCCCAACUAAUAGACAAACAUUAUUGUUUUCGGCAACAUUGCCAUCAUCAUUGGUUGAUUUUGCUAAGGCAGGCUUGUCAAACCCAGUAUUGGUUAGACUUGAUGCUGAAACGAAGAUAUCAGAAAAUUUGGAGAUGUUAUUUAUAUCUAUAAAAAAGGAUGAACGUGAAGCCAAUCUAUUAUAUCUGUUACAAGAAGCUAUCAAGAUGCCUGUUGCCACGGAGUCCCAAAUAAAGAAGCUCAAACAGCAGAAUGAUGCGGAUUCUGACAGUGAUGACAGCGAAGAUGAAAAGAAAAAGAAGGCAAAGAAGGCUAAAAAAUCCAAAAGGCGCUUACCGAAUGCGAACGAAAUGCCAUCCGAAAAGGCAACAAUCGUUUUCGUUCCAACAAGACAUCAUGUCGAAUACGUCACACAGUUAUUGAAGAACUGUGGAUACCUAGUAUCAUAUAUUUAUGGUGCUUUGAAUCAACAUGCCCGUAAGCAACAGCUCUAUAAUUUUAGAGCUGGUUUAACAUCUAUCUUGGUUGUGACAGAUGUGGCAGCCAGAGGUGUUGACAUUCCUUUGUUAGCGAAUGUGAUUAAUUACUCUUUGCCAGGUUCUUCAAAAAUUUUCAUUCAUCGUGUAGGUAGAACGGCCAGAGCUGGUAAUAGAGGUUGGGCCUUUUCGAUUGUCUCUGAAAAUGAACUACCUUAUCUCUUGGAUCUAGAAUUAUUCUUGGGUAAGAAGAUCCUUUUAACACCCAUGUAUGAAUCGUCGUGCCAGAUACUCAGAAAGAAGGCAGAAUCUGAGGGUAAUAAUAAUUUCACCGAUCCUAAGGUUUCUUACACCACAAGAAUGGUCCUUGGUGCUUGUCCACGUUCUGAGAUUGAUGGUAUGGGUGACCUUUAUAGCAAUAUGAUCAAAUCUGACUUUGAGUUAAAUACUGUGAAAGGUGUUGCCCUGAAAGCCGAAAAACUUUACUUUAGAACCAGGACACCAGCGUCUGCUGAAUCCAUGAAAAGGUCAAAGGAAAUUCUCAGAUCAGGAUGGGACGAACAGAAUAUAUACUUCGGUAAGAACGCCGAAAAAGAGAAAUUGGAUUUCUUAGCUAAGUUGCAACACAGAAAUAACAAGGAAACUGUAUUCGAGUUCGCAAGGAAUCCAGACGAUGAAAUGUCUGUGUUAAUGAAGAGAAGGAGGAGACAAAUAGCUCCAAUUCAAAGGAAGGCAAAAGAAAGACAAGAACUUCUGGAAAAAGAGAGAAUGAUUGGUUUGAGGCAUAGUAUAGAAGAUGAAAUUUUGAAAGGUGAAGACAACGAAGUUGGUUACUCAGUGCCUGAUGAGGUAUUGAAAGAAUUUGAAGAUGCCGAUGUCUUGUUAGAAGAGCAAGAAAAUAUUAAGAAGAAGCAGAAGAAAACUUUCAGAGAUCCAACUUUUUAUCUAUCACAUUUCGCACCAACUAGUGACAUUCAAGAUAAACAAUUACAGAUAUCAUCUGGUUUCACAAAUGAUGCUUCCAAUGCUGCAUUUGAUCUAGCCAACGAUGACAAGGUACAAGUUCACAAGCAAACAGCUACGGUUAAGUGGGACAAGAAGCGUAAGAAAUAUGUGAACACUCAAGGUUUGGACAACAAAAAGUACAUCAUCGGAGAAAGUGGUCAAAAGAUUCCUGCAAGUUUCAGAUCCGGAAAAUUCCAAGAUUGGUCUAAGGCAAGAAAAAUUGCUCCACUCAAAGUUGGUGCAAGAGAAUCCACUAUUCCAUCGAAUCUAUUGGCUGAUCCGACUUCUCCAUCGGAGCGUACGGUUGGCGGUAAAUUCAAACACAAGACUCAAAAAGCUCCUAAAUUGCCUGAUAAACAUAGAGACGAUUACGCUUUCCAAAAGAAAAAAGUGGAAGCUGCUUUGGAAAGAGGUGUUAGAGUUAAGGGUUAUAAUGGUCCUGGGAUGAAACAAGAAAUAAAGUCAGUUGACGAGAUUAGAAAGCUAAGAGAAAUUAAAGAGAAAAAGCGUUCCAAGAAUGCCCGUCCUACGAAGCGGAGAAAACAUUAG